GAGCAAGGCUGGAGGGACACGGUUAAUGCUACCGACUUUUACAGCAAAGCAGAGUCUCGGUUGAAAGCCCUCAAUGCCCAGUUUCGUCUCAAGAAACCAGACAGACGGUUUGAAGAAUUGAAAAACUACUGCUCCGAUCUGCAGAAUAAUAUCGGUAACAUUCUCAAGAUUAGAGCGCGUUUGUGUGACAAGCUGUAUGGAAUCCACAAAGUCCACGGCAACUACGCUCGGGUGUUCAACGAGUGGAGCGCGUUGGAGAAGGACAUUGCUGAGCACCUGCAGAGUGCCAGUCACUACAUGGAUGUGUUCGCAGCCACCAUUGAUGCACAACUGGAGGAGGAAGAACAGUAUGCUGAUCAGCUGAAAGAGUAUUACGCCUUUGCUGACUCAGUCAGGGCUGUGUGUCGGAGGUACGAGUGUGCCCAGUAUGACAUGGAAAAGGCUGAAGAUACCUUGUCAAUGAAGACAAGUCAGAGGGAUGCUUUGAAACAAGCCAUUGCAGAUAGCCCGGUUCAUGAAGAGGGCAACAAUUCAGGGAAGAGUGGCUUCUCAUUGAGUGGGAUGAAGUCCAAGCUGUUUGGAGGUGACACCCCAGAGCAGAGGGAGGCCAAGGUGAAGCAGCUGGAGGAGCAGAUUAUGCAGGCAGAAGCUGAUCUCAAGAAGGUUCAGGAGGAGUCUGAGUUAUUUAUAGAACAAGCUUUACGAGACAUCGACAGGUUCCAGAGGCAGAAGGUCAAGGACUUGCAGGAGAUCUUCACAAACUACGCUGUGCUUCAGAUCAAACAGUGUAAGAAGGGGAUUGCCAUUUGGACCAGUGCUAAAGACUGCUUCAGCAAGAUCUGA